CGGGGGCGGAGUCGCUCGCGGGUCCUCCGAGUCUCGCUCCGCCGCAGCCGCAGCAAAUAAACACAGGCGAAGGAUGAAGCAAGUCUCAUGACACCUGCCUUUGCUAGCAAGCUCAGCCAAAAGUGGCUCGCAUGAAACUUUGUUUGCCUGCGGAUAUUGCAAGAAAGAUAAUUGUUGAGGAUAAAUGGCCAGGGCUGCCCUGAGCCAGGCUAGCAACUCACUACCCAAAGCUGAGUUGGUUGAACAUUCACUUGAAUCUUCCGAAGGCAAUGGCUCAUCAAAAGCUGGCAUUUAAUGAUGGAGAAGUGCCAAAACAGUGAAAGUCAAAUCAUAGAACCCUGUGGAAGCAGAGGUCAAAAGAGGCCAAAAAACACAAAGACUCAUGCCAUAAUAAAGAUUAAACAGAUGCAUCUUUGACUGUGACUGAGAUGAUUUGCCAACUUGUGCACAUCUGAUACCUUAAUCAUACAAGACCAGUAAUGUCUUUCAAUUUCAUCACUAGUAUGAUAUAGUCUCAGAUUAUUACUGAGUGUAUGUAGAAAGGAGAUCUAUGCAAAUGAAAAAUCUCAAUGCAGUGUGUGAUGGUGGGGAUAGGUUGGUAUGUGUGGCUGUUGGUGUGCUUAGCAUGGUGGGUGAUAUCAGCAGAAGCCACAGCAUCUUUCCCUGAUGACCUACUGACCAUUGCAGUACUCAUGACUCUGCAGUACUCCUUUAUGCUCCUCUUCAUCAUCUCGGCAGCACACCUUUACCACACUGUCCUCCCACACCCUGCUAAUGGUAUUGUUGGCAGUUGGUUCACCUAAGGUCAACAGUCAAGCUGUUAUAGUCUGACUUCACAACCGGAGAACUUUGGUAAAAACACAGGUUUUAUAUGGAUGUUGGAAAGUUCGUUGCAUAGUAUGUGUUAAAGUUUAUAGUAUAAAAAAAUCUUCUCUCUGUUUCUCUGUCUCCUUUAAAAAAUUAAGUUCAAUCUCCCUUAAAAUAUGUUCUAAAACUAACAUGAAGCAGAAAUAACGUGUAUGUGAAUUUAUGCUGUUACAGUCACUACUUGUUUAAAGUUGUAUGUUGAAAAAGUCAACAGCAUAGAAAGUGGAGGCCAAUCUAGCAUGGUGGUGUCUAUGGCCGGGGUGCUUGUGGCCCUGGCAGUUGUAGCUGGACAUGUGUGGAUCGUGUACGUCUCUGCUCCACACCUUCUGCCUCCUGAUGCCUGGCUUAUCACAGCACUUGACCUUCUGGCUCACUGGGCUCUAGUUUGGGAAAUUACAGCUUUUUGUAGUUUCUUGAAUGAUGUAGAGAUCAAGGGAACUGGAGGUGGAUUUGUUUCAGAAUUGCGAAAUUGUUGGAUAUAAUGGCCUAGAAUCCCUUGGAGUUUAUUGCUUAUGCUAAGAAAAACAUUUAAGAAUUAUUUUUUUGCCACUGUGAAUAAGGAAAAGGUGAAGCAACUUUUAAGUUUAAAACAUGUUAAAUUUGAGAAGUUUGAUGUGUUUGAAGUUCAUUCUGUUAUAGGUAAAAUGGAGAGUGCAAAUUUUGAAAAAGUUCCUAAUUCAGUUGAAGAUGCAAGGAAAAUGGAAGUGAACGCAGCUUUUGCUGAGACCGAAUCAAGGAGCUUUAGCUCAAGAAGACACAGUGAAAACUUUGAAGAUGUGUUAUCAAGAGCACCAAAUGAUGGAAACAAUGGCCUUACUGUGUUUAGUUCUUUAUCAACAACUCCCACAUCUGGCACAGACUAUCAGUCCUGUAGUGACCCAUCAACACCAGAGAGAAAGACUGCCCCAGAAGAAUUGGGUCCUGCUGAAGGUCAAGCUGAAGUGGCUUGCAAUGUUAAUAUGAGUGCAAAUAUUGCAAGUAAACUGAACCAAAUAAGAGCUUCUCUGGAGAAUCUGGAUUUUGUAUCUGAGUGCAGUUUUGAUGACCUUGAAGUUGCUGAAGAAGUUGCUGGUCCAACUAUUCAAGAGACUGGAUCUCCUGAAAGCUUAUCCUCAGCAAGAAGGUCAUCUUCAAAACCAUCUCUUCGACAAGUCUUUCCAUACAUUCCAUGCCUUCCAUUUGAAAAUAAUAUUGUAUUUUGUUUUGUCUUGUCUGUUUGGGAUAAUAUUGUUGGUCCCCAGACUGUAUAUGUCUGGAAAAGAAAGUCUUUUCCAAGCCAAAAAACCUUUGAUGACAUGAUUGAUGGCAAAGAACACAUAGAAAUAGGGGAUGUUUGUAGAAACUCUGUCCAGUCUGAGAAGCAAUACCAACAGAAUGAUGGCGAUACAUAUUUAGCCGAUAGUAAUCAUCAAAGAAGAGAAGAUAAGACUCAGUCUAGAGAACUGUCAGGUCAUUUGGAACAUUAUGAUCAAUUAGAUAGUGUAGAAUGGCCUGCAGUAAAUAAUAGCCACUCAGAAAACUCUGGUAAACGCACUCAAAACUCACGAGAAAGGAAAGUUUCAGGGAAUAAUCAAAGCAGACAUGCAAGUGGUGAUGGAAGUUUACACUCGCAUAACACCAGUGAAGAAGAGGGUAUUGCAACAAAAGACAGAGGGAGUUUACAAGAAGCAAGAAAUGUCGAGAGAAGUGAAAAUGGAAACAACCUGAAGGCAAAACCAGGAAUGGCACAAAAUCCUUCUGGACGUUUGGGAGAGGGUGAUGUACAAGGUGAGUAUUGUGCAUCACUUAAAAAUUCUUUCCAUUUUCAUAGUUGCAUGAUAGUUGAAAUUGAAUAAUAACUUUGAGGCUAUUUGUAACUUGCAUGAGUGAAACAAUGUAUUAAAUGAAUAAAUCUUGUAUUUAAAAUGUAAAGCACAUAUUUUUUAUACAGUCCCAUAUUAUUCCUAUCUUGAUACCUUUUAUUUGAACAUGAAUAUAUUGAUGCUUUCAUUAUAUAAAAGGUAUAUUCAAAAUUACUAAUGU